AUUGAGGUUAUGUUAUUGUGUCAAAACCGCAAGUUUUGUCACGCGUAAUUCAAAAUUUUUAUACUAACAAUGACAAAAAUAACGUAUCAAGAGUUUUUAAACGAUCACCGCCCUCAACUUGUACAUUCUGCGAUACCGGAAAUUUACUGGGAAACGAUUUAUACGAAAUUAAUCGGACAAACUUUUGAUGCUGGAAAUAUUUUUUCUCUAAUGCAAAUUGAGUAUGAUGUUCAGCGAAAUCCUGAGGAUCCCGCUUGGGCGUUACAAAUAAACGUUGAAGAAGGUAUACAAGCUGAUGAUAAGCAACAUGUAUAUCUUGUUGAUCAUGCUUGGACUUUUCGUAUGGAGGAUGCUUUGAAACAAUUAGAAGUUGACGAUUCUUUGAAACAACGCAUGGCUUCUAUUGUGGGAUGUGAUCCAGAGGAGGAAAGGGACGUUUUGACGCAGAAAAUUUUUAAUGAAAUGUGGAAAUAUUGUUGUUUUUAUUGCAUAGGAAGUGCCACACAAAUUGAGGAUCGAUUGGCAGUUUGGUUUAUUAUGGAUGAAGUAGGUUCUGCUAUUCAUCAUAAUGAUGAUCCUAAUUUUCGAGUGGUUCCAUUCAUUUAUAUUCCAGAACAAUUAGGUGUAUGUUUGAUUUAUCCUUUAAAAAAUUUAAAAUGUGAAGAAGUUAUUACAAGAGAUUUCUUGGAAGGUGUUACCGAUUCUUUAACAAGAUCAGCUUUAUCAUUACCUUGGAAAAAAUCGUCUUUAACAAAGCAUAGUUUUGAUUUUGUUCCACAAGAUGAAAAAUAUUUUACAUCUGGUCAUAUAUUGGAGACUUUACCAAUAAAAGAAAAUUUUAAAAGUCGCCCAGAAAAGAAAGAGAAAUAUAAAGUGUAUUGCGAAUAUGAUGUUAUUAAGAAAGCUUUAAAUGAUCCAAGAUUUGAGUUUGUUAUUAAUGAAGAAGAUGCUGAUAUUCUUUGGUACACAAAACAUUUUAAAUAUUACGAACAAUUAAGUGAAACACCUGAAGUAUUUGUAAAUCAAUUUCCUUUUGAGUAUAUAAUAACGAUAAAAGAUUUAUUAGCAAUAACAUGUCGCCGAAAAAAUAAAAAGAACUUUAAUGGAUUAGAAAGCUUACCAGUUUGGCUACCUACAACUUACAAUUUACAAACUGAAAUUGUUCAAUUUGUAUCUUAUUAUCAAAAAAGACAAGAAAAAGGGCUUAAUAAUCUCUGGAUUAUUAAACCUUUUAAUUUAGCAAGGGGCUUAGACAUGCAUAUUACAGAUAAUUUGAAUUAUAUCAUGAGAUCAGCUACAACAAGAGUAAAAAUAGCACAAAAAUACAUUGAAAAUCCCGUUUUAUUUGAUCGAGAUGACGUUGGAAAAGUAAAAUUUGAUAUUCGUUAUGUAAUUUUAUUAAAAUCAGUUAAGCCUUUAGAUGUUGCUGUUUAUAAAGAAUUUUUUUUACGAUUUGCUAAUAAAGAAUUCGAAUUGAAGUCAUUCGAUGAUUAUGAGAAACAUUAUACCGUUAUGAAUUAUACUGAAACUGCAACAUUAAAACACAUGCUUUGUUCGGAAUUUAAAGGCCAUUGGAAAGAGCAAUAUCCUAAUAAUCCAUGGGAAAUUGUAGAAGAAUCUAUUUUUAGUAUGUUGAAAGAAGCUUUUGAAUGUGCGGUUAUGCUGGAUCCGCCUUGUGGAAUAUGUGACAGUCCCCAAUCUCGAGCUGUUUAUGCAGCAGAUUUAAUGUUAACUUGGAAUGGGGAAGAUAUGCAACCUAAAUUAUUGGAAAUAAAUUGGACCCCGGAUUGUCAAAGAGCUUGUGAUUACUAUAAACAUUUUUAUGAUGAUAUUUUUAAGUUUUUAUUUUUAAAUGAAAUUAAUAUUGAUACUAUAAAACCGUUAUAA